CCACGGAAGCGAGGCGGUGGCGGGUGUGCGCGGACAGAUUAGCGCGCCCCUGACUCAGCAAGAACGCGCGCCCUGGGGGGCCGCCACCCUCACAGCGACCUCCGGACACAGGCGCGCCCCGGCCGGAGUCUAGUCCAGACGGGGGCGGGGCUGCCGAGCCGGAGGCGGGGCCUGCCGGGCGGAGCGGCGGUCACGUGUGUACACAGGCCCGCGCUGCGCGCUGUGCGCCCCACCGCCUCCUCCGGCCCCGAAUUGCGCGAGGCGGCGACUGCGUGCCCCAGGCCCAGCGACCCGCCCUGCCGAGCCCCCACCAUGUGGAGCUGCAGCCUGCUCAAUGGCACAGCCGGGGGUGAGGGCCAGCAACUCUGCCAGCACCUCCACCUGGUCCUGUCCGCCUUCUCCCUGCUCUAUCUGGCUGUUGGUGUCCCGGUUGGCUUGGGCUGCAACGCCCUGCUGGUUCUGGCAAACCUGCAUGAACAGAGCAGCAUGACCAUGCCCGACGUCUACUUUGUGAACAUGGCCAUGGCAGGCCUGGUUCUCAGCAUCCUGGCACCCAUGCACCUGCUGGGCCCCACAGCCUCUGCGUGGGCCCUGUGGGGCUUUAGCAGCGAGGCCCACAUCACAGUGCUGGUGCUGUUCAAUGUGGCCUCCCUGGUGACCAUGUACUCCACGGCCCUGCUCAGCCUGGACUGCUACAUUGAGCGUGCUCUGCCACGCACCUACAUGUCCAGCGUCUACAACACCAGGCAUGUGUGCGGCUUCAUCUGGGGUGGGGCCCUGCUCACCAGCUUCUCCUCCCUGCUCUUCUACAUCUGCAGCCAUGUUGCCGCCAGGAUUGCCGAAUGUUCCAAGAUGCAGGACACGGAGGCUGCAGAUGCCAUCAUGGUGUUCAUCGGGUACCUAGUGCCCACCGUGGCCAUGCUCUAUGCUCUCGUGCUCAUCUCUCGGAUCCAGAAGGAGGACACGCCCCUCGACCAGGAUGCAGGGAGGCUGGACCCCUCAGUGCACAGACUUCUGGUGGCCACCGUGUGCAUGCAGUUUGGGCUCUGGACACCUCACUACCUGACCCUCCUGGGGCACACGAUCCUCACCUCGAGGGGGAAGCCCAUUGAUGGGCAUGCCUUGGGGACACUGCUCUUCGCCAAGGACUUGUCCCGACUCCUGGCCUUUUCCAGCAGCUCUGCAAUGCCGCUGCUCUACCGCCACAUCAACAGGGAAUUCCCUAGCAAACUCCGGCGGCUGGUGAAGAAAAUGCACUGUGGGCAUCAGAGCUGUCCCCCUAACCAGGCGGCUCUACAGCAGGUGACGGCAUAGAGGCCUGAGUGCCGGCCCUGCAGGUGCCAUUACCACCUGCUUCAGCUGGCUGGCAGAAGUGUCUGGGGGCGCACACCCUGGGGGAAGUUCUGCGGUCAAGCCUGAGGCUGGGGCUCACCACCUGGUAGGUGAGGCAAGUGACUGCAGUGGACGUAUUGCACCUUGUCCCUCACAUGCUCCCAGCUCUCCCAGGAGAUGCACUGAGCAGGAGGCGGUGACAUGUUCUCCUGCAGUUGUCUGUGUUUCUCCAAAAAAGACCACCAUCAGGCCAAGGCCAUGCUGUGUGGGGUGUGCAGACACGUGUCAGCCCCUCUGUGUGCAUAGGUCUUCCCUGCACACACACCAGUCAGGUCCACACCCUAGACCACCCACGGACUUUCAACACCAGACUUUCUAAUGAAGCAAUGAAAAUUUAAAGCCAGUAUUUAUACUCUGCAUUGUUAAAAUACUUGAUUCCCACCUUAUUUUAUUUUUGUUUAUAAAAAGAGACAUUUGGUAGAAGAGUCACAAGUGUUAGAAAAGUACUGAAAUGAAGGAGUGGCACCCAGAGCACACGUAGCAGGUGGGCGGGAGGGUGCUGAGUGUGCGCGUGGUAGAUGCAGGCAUGCGGGCUGAGGCUGCAGAGCUUAAGUGCUUCAGAGAGAGGACAGUCAGCGUGGCAGGUUUGAAGCAAGGAGCAGUGAAGUGGCACAGAGGUUGGCUCUCUCCUUAUCUACUCCCCUCCCAGGUGACACCAGUUGGCCUUUUGCAGUAUGGCUCUGUCCUAAAUUAACUUCCUAAAGUGCACACAAAACCAGAGAAUAUAAAUAAACUGAAGACAACUGCCGUUGGGACAUCUCACCUGACAUAGAACCUGGAGGGGCUGCCAGGGAAGGGGGGGGGGCCGUGUCUGGCCCCAGGGCCCCCCCAGGCAAAAACGCCCUCUUGCAACCAUCAGCUCCCUACUGACUGGCCUGCUCAGUGGGGCAGUAGCUGGUGUGAGCUGGACGGCAGCCCCAGGGGGGGCAGAGCCCAAACACCCAAUCCUUCCACUGCUCCUCCUGCUGCAAACAUCCCCUUCACCUGUGGAAAUGGGCCGAGCCACCCGCUUGCCCCCACCCCAUGCCUUAUGGUUCAGUUACAGGCCAGCAACUCCUGUCCCCAGACCCUUUAAAAACAGAUUACUUUUCAAGUAUGGCAAGUGUGAAGUGGUCUGAGGUAUUUUUUGGAAGAGAGGUGUGAUUAGGGGUGCUGCCCCACCCGCCAUGGCCUGCCAUAUACAAGGCAUGCAGACGCCAGGCACAGACCAGCACACGGUGUUUGCUGAAGGGAGAGUGUGAGCUUGGACAUCCCUUAAAUACAGCUUAUUCUCAAUGUGAGUCUCCUUAUAAUACUCGGUUGAAGAGGAAAAUACUUGACCUGGAACUGGUGAUCUGGUAGCUCUCAUCCUGUUCUUAGGUUUGUGCAUCUGAAAAAAAUUGCUGUUUUGUUGUUGCUCAGCAAUGUACUAUAUUUUUCUUUUUACCUUUGAUCCCCUUUCCCUGUUUCCCUGCACCCCCGGCAACCACCAGUCUGUUCCCUGGUCCAUGACCGUGUUUUCUUGUUGAGAUUCUACACUGAGAUCAUUCAGUAUGUUUCUCUGUCUGGCAGAUCUCACCCACUGUACACCCUCUAGGUCCACACCCUU